AGUAUUUGUUUUCCACGACCACAACUCGUUCAGGCGUCAUUGGCUCAUUGAGCACUGAGGCCAAUUACGAACGAAUACGCUGAAAAAGUUCGGAAUCAAAAAUUCUAAAGUAGGAUGUGACGUCAUUUGGGCAGGUAGGAGACCGAUUCUAUACGCUAGACGACAUGGAGGCUGGGAAGCACAGCCGCCGCUGAUAGUUUACACUAAGCUCGAACUGGCAUCAGUAAGGCACUGACACCUUCCUUAGGACACAGGCUCUGGUUGACCGUUGGCUGAAACAUGGAGUCCAUGCUCAAUAAGCUGAAAAGCACUGUCACCAAGGUGACAGCAGAUGUCACCAGUGCAGUCAUGGGUAACCCGGUGACCCGUGAGUUUGAAGUAGGCCGGCACAUGGCCAGCAGUGGACCAGGGCUGUGCUGGAGGAUCUACAGUGGAUCCAAGAAGUCCACGAAACAGGAAGUAGCAGUGUUUGUUUUUGACAAGAAACUCAUCGACAAGUAUCAGAAGUUUGAAAAGGACCAGAUUGUUGACUCUCUGAAGAAAGGAGUCCAACAACUGACCCGCCUACGACACCCUCGCCUUCUUACCGUUCAACACCCCCUGGAGGAGUCGCGAGACUGCCUGGCCUUCUGUACAGAACCUGUCUUUGCCAGCUUGGCCAAUGUUCUGGGUCAGUAUGAGAACCUGCCCAGUCCAGUUCCAUCAGAGAUCAAAGAGUACAAACUGUACGACAUAGAAACCAAGUACGGCCUCUUACAGACUGCAGAGGGCUUAGCCUUCCUCCACAGUGGGGUGAAGAUGGUGCAUGGGAACCUGUGCCCCGAGAACAUCAUUGUGAAUAAGAGCGGGUCUUGGAAGAUCAUGGGCUUUGACUUCAGCAAUUCAUCCAGCAACCCCUCAGACCAGGAGCCCACGUACACUUGUAAGGAGUGGGAUCCCAAUCAGUCGUCUCUCUGCCUGCCGAACCCGGAGUACCUUGCCCCCGAGUACAUCCUGUCGGUCAGCUGUGACACCGCCUCUGACAUGUACUCCCUGGGCGUGGUCAUGCACGCCGUCUUCAACGAGGGGAAGCCCGUCUUCAAGGUCAACAAGCAGGACAUCUUCAAGAGCUUCAGCAGACAGCUGGACCAGCUGAGCCGACUGAACCCGGGGGUCCUCAACAAGAUCCCUGAAGAGGUACGGGAGCAUGUGAAGAUGCUCUUGAGCGUCACGCCCAACGUCCGGCCUGAUGCUGACCAGAUGACCAAGAUUCCAUUCUUCGGUGAUGUGGGAUCGGUGACUUUGCAGUACUUUGAUUCCCUCUUCCAAAGGGACAACUUGCAGAAGUCUCAAUUCUACAAAGGCUUGCCCAAGGUCCUGCCCAAGUUGCCGAAGCGUGUGGUGGUGCACCGGAUCCUGCCGGCGCUCACCUCGGAGUUUGUGAAUCCGGACAUGGUCCCGUUUGUCCUUCCCAACGUGCUGCUGAUAGCGGAGGAGUGCACCAAGGAGGAGUACGUGCGUCUGAUCCUGCCUGACCUCGGCCCGGUCUUCAAACAGCAAGAGCCUGUGCAGAUACUGCUGAUCUUCCUGCAAAAGAUGGACCUGCUGCUCACUAAGACCCCUGCAGAGGACAUCAGGAGCAGCGUGUUGCCCAUGGUGUACCGUGCGCUGGAGGCGCCCUCCACGCAGAUCCAGGAACUGUGCCUGAAUAUCAUCCCCACCUUCGCAAAUCUGAUUGACUACCCGUCCAUGAAGAACUCGCUGAUCCCGCGAAUCAAAUCCGCCUGCCUUCAGACCUCCUCUCUUGCGGUGCGGGUCAACUCCCUGGUGUGCCUGGGGAAGAUCCUGGAAUACCUGGAUAAAUGGUUUGUCAUCGAUGAGAUCCUGCCUUUCCUGCAGCAGAUCCCUUCCAGGGAGCCUGCCGUGCUUAUGGGGAUUCUGGGCAUCUACAAGUGCACCUUCUCCCAUAAGAAACUGGGGAUCCCUAAAGAGCACCUGGCUGGGAAGAGUGUUCCUCAUCUGGUGUCCCUCAGUAUUGACAACAACCUGAACCUGAACCAGUUCAACUCCUUCAUGGCCGUGAUCAGAGACAUGCUGAGCCGAAUGGAGGCGGAGCACAAGACCAAACUGGAGCAGCUGCAUGCCAUGCAGGAGCAGCAAAGGUCGCUGAACAUCUCAAACCAGCUAAACCAAUCCGAAGAACCCAAGUCCACACCCAGCCCUGGCAACCAGAUUGAUAACAUCUUCGGAGGGAACUCUUCGAGUUCUGGGCUAAAUGGGAAAGAGAACGGAUCUUCUGUGGCUGCUUCACAACCAUCCAGAGUGUCUCUCACCUUGGAGGAGAAGCAGCGUUUGGCGAAGGAGCAGGAGCAAGCAGCUAAACUGAGGACUCAGCAGCCUCUCACACCCAAUGUCAUGAAAGCAGCCACAUCCACCUCUCAGGCGAAAGAUCUGACCAGCAGCCUGAUGAACAGCAUGACGUCACUGGGCAGCCUGUCCCUCAGCACUGGCCCCCGGCAGGGCCCUGUGCAGACGGGGGCCAUUUCCACCGGCUUUCCCUCAGCAGCCCCCAUGGGCGGGGUGGGCACUAUGGGAACCAUGAGCAACGGGUUCGGCUCGGGGAUGGGCUUCCCGUCCGCGGGCAUGAACGCGGGCAUGCGCCCGGCGGGUCCCCCGGCGGCCCCCAUGUACGGGGGCAUGGCCACCACCACCAGCACCCCCAACUUCUCCGCCCUCACCCAGAAUCAGCCGGGCAAGCCCCCAGACAUGUCCGCCCUCGACUCCCUCUUCGCCUCCCAGAAGCCCAAAGUCACCCUCAACCAAAUGACCCCGGCACCCACGCCCGCCCCCGGCCCGUGGCUCAACCAGUUCGGGUCGCAGCAGCCUCCCCAGGCCGCACCCCUGCCUAUGGGCGGGGCCCACGCGGGGUUCGGCAUGCAGGCCAACCCCUUCUUCAGCCCGCAGAACUUCUCCCAGCCCGCCCCCGCGCCUGCCCCCAUGGCUGCCCCGCCCAUGAAUGCCGGCGCUCUCAGACACAGCACCUCCGCCAACAAUGACCUGAAGGAUCUCUUCGGAUAGAGACCCGCUUGCACAUCCACGCCUUUUCUCACAAAAAAAAUCACUGGGGAGAAAACACAGAAAAAACUUUGGGUGACUGAAUAGUGUGAUCUUUCUUAUCGAAUCAAGUGGAGAUCCCAGCUUUUUGUUAAUUACGUUUGAUGUGAUCUGAUUGUGGUUUAAAAGUCGCUUCAGACUGCAGGCCUCAGUAUAUUGAGUAGAGCCCUGGGGCAGAGAAGGACCUUUCUGCCAUAUCCCAUCACUAAACCUUGGGAUUAGUCACCAUGUCCAGCCCACGCAUCUGAAAUUUGCCUCUGGGGGUUUACAUGGUUUGGCAUCAGUAACUGAGGUUUAGAUGCUGUAUCGCGUCAGUAACCCUGGGGACUGGGUUGAGAUCAAGUCAAUAAUGUGCGCUGCGAUUAUUCCCCAGAUUCUCAUAUCAGCAGUGAGGUUCAUGUGGGUACAUUCGAGACUGGUGCGUAGCCGAGUGGAGACCCAGACAGAAGCAGUAGACCAGCCGGUCUCCAUGGUGAUGCAGUUUCCCUCCGUCCCUCGCUCUGCUUCUCUUGCUCUGGGCCGCCAAGCAGGGCUUCUGUUACUGUCUCUGCCACUCCUCUAGCAGAGCUGUCCGUCCACCACAGCAUGAAGGACCCGCAUGCGUUAGGCUUGCCAUCAUUUAAGAGCCACACCAAUCACAUGCUGUGUCUUGGGCAGCUCUGCUAUUGUGUGGCAGUUUGUGUUGAGUGUUUUUGUUUUUUUUGGAGUCAGUUUGCUGUGUUUGGGACCAGGUGGUGUGACGCUAGCUGUCAGGCGAGAGGCUGUCUCACCCCCCCUCUCUCUCCCACCUCCCUCUCUCUCCCGUACGCUCUGGGAGAUAAUGGCCUUCUCAUUUCUGAAGGAUUGGGAGGGUGUGGCCAGAGGCCUCCUUGCUGUCAUGAGUGAGAAUGAGAGGGUGAAUGCUGUUGGUCUUGCCAUGUUAGCAGAUGUAAGAAAGUGAAUGGGUGAAUGCUGCUGGGUCUCAUUCGCAGUGUAAAAGGGUGAGUGGUGCUGGUCGUGUGAGUGAAUGGGUGAAUGCUGCUGGGUCUCAUUCGCAGUGUAAAAGGGUGAGUGGCACUGGCCAUGCGAGUGAAAGGGUGAAUACUGCUGGGUCUCCUUUGCAGUGUGAAGGGGUGAGUAGUGCUGGCUGUAUGAGUGAAAGGGUGAAUGCCGCCAGGUCACCUUUGCCGUGUGAAGUGUGAAAGGGUGAGUGGCACUGGCUAUGCGAGUGAAUGGGUGAAUGUUGCUAGGUCUCCUUCGCAGUGUGAAAGGGUGAGUGGUGCUGGCCGUGUGAGUGAAAGGGUGAAUGCUUCUUUUCUGCUGUGGAAAUGAAGUGAAUCUGUACAUAGGGAACGCCCGGCCACAGCAGGUCAAAUAAAUGCUGUAUUUACUGUCGAUAUUCCAGAGGUGGAUAUAUUUGUGUGUUUUGUGUUUGGGUGCAUCGGCCUCUUCACAGAGCCUCUCUCUCCACCCCUCCCUGUCUGGAGCACGAGGCAGGGUGCGCCUGUGGAUGCAUCGGCCUUAACUGCAGCUCUGUGCUGUUUCAGCAUCACUCUGCAGGUCCCUCCUCCACAAGGGCGGGUGACUGACACCCGAUGUCUCUCCUCCACCUUACAUUAACCGUCUCGUACCACAGCGACCACACAGGUUUUUAAAAGUAUUUAUAACAGUUUUAUAUAUCAAACUGAGUAUACAGUGGUAAUAUAUUGUGAAUGAAGUGUUUGAAGAUGCGUUGAUGCGUUCUGAUGGGGAGCGCUCGUUAAAGGGGACCCGACUCUUUUCCUGCUGUUGCAUUAAUGGAAGAAAGGCCUUAAGAGGUGUUUGCAAUAAUUUCAUUUGGUGAAGGGUAAGGGAUUUUAUCUGCUGCUUUCUGUUUUUCCAUUUGCCUCUUGUAGAUUUCAGCGAUGAAGGAUAAUUUUAUACUGGCCACAAGCCACACAAUUUGGGUUUCAAGUGAAUUUCUUUGCGGGCACUGUUUGGUGAAAGUCGCCCCCAGGGGGCAGUAGAUAUUGUGACUGUACAAUGCAGUGGACUUCUGGACUGUAGUAUUGGGACCUGUGAACGCUACUCAGGAGCUAUGAUCUCCUUAGUUCCCUAAAGAAAAACCCCUCUGCUUCCUCUCUGUCACUUUGGUUUGUGAUGCCAUUUAUGUGAUGACAAAUUUGAGGACCCACUGCGCAUGAUUGCUGCAUUUCCCACAACAUGACAAGGUUGCCGCUGUCGUAACACAUUUGGUUUAAACCGAGAAGAGCAAAAGUCUAUUCUUUUACAAAACUCUGAUCCUUUGUAUAUGAGAGAAAUAACUGUACACUGUGGAGUCUUUGUGAAAUUUGUAUUGUGAAUGGGGUGUUUUGUGUUGUCUCAGUUCAGACUGAGGGUUGGAUCUUUCCUAGUCUUCAGUGGAAUUCUGUAAAUAUAUAUAAAAAUAUACAUUCUAGUAUUCUUUAA